CUUGUUGACAUCCGGUCUUGAGGUUGCCAGGAAGCAGGGUCAUAGACUCGUAGACUUUUAACUAGACAAUUUUCAGCAGUCGGUCCCAUCUUAUCCAUUAAGACAAUGGCGAAAGGUGCAAUGGAUUCUUCCACCUUCCAGGCUCUAGUUGAUAAAGUUCAACAGGAAACAACAUCAUCGGAGAGGAAGGUAGAGAUACUUUACAGCUGCAGGGGAUUCUAUAAUGCAGAUCAGGCUGCUCGACUUCUUCAUUGCUAUGCCAAUCCAGCUGAUAAAAUUAGAGUUCUACAAAUUUUGGAGCCACGAUUGUGUCAGAUGACAUGUAGAGAGGGAAGAGACAUCAUCAAUGCUGUCAGUAUCCACAAUGAUAAAUUAAUUGCCUUAGACUGCAUUAAGCGUGUGCUUGGUGACUAUCGCUCAAAACUAGGAGAGGAAUACAUUCUUAGUGCUUUCCCAUUUGAGACGGACAAAUACAGAGCAAUGCAGAUCCUGCAAACGGUCAAUUCUUUUGUUGGGGACUAUGUGGCAGCAGGGGGCCACCAAGGGUACGCAGCAUUAGGAGGUCUGUACACACAAGCCCGCCCAAUGGUGCCUCACCUAUACGGAAAUGUUGCUGACCAAGCUCAGUUGAUUCCUGGUCAUGGAAAAAUAGAAAUUCCUCCCGAGGCUCAGCCAGGGGUGGUCCCAUCCAUUUACACCGGUCACCCUUCUUAUGCCUAUCCCGCUGACAGGAGUUACGACGAGGACAGGGGAUACCCUGGAAACUCCUCCCUGGGCCAGAGUCUGCCAGGAGAUUACCCCAAAGGAGCCCCGCCCCUGGGGUAUCACAGUGGAGCCCCAAACCCUACCGGCUUCUUACAACUGGAGUCAUAAAUAACCCCCUUAAUGAAAACGUUACCUUUCAGGAAAAGCCAUGAGUGUAUAGUAUUAUAAACUGAUCAUUUUUUAUUAAAUUGAUUGCAUUUGUAUAAACCCAUAAAAAGUAACCCUUUAUUCUUGAGUGGGACUGUUAUCAUUAAAGACAGGAGUACGGAUUAUUGAAGCAUUUAAUACUGAUGAAUUUUCUUGCUGUUAUCUGAUGGAGUUUCGAACGAUUUUCUGUGUUUAUCUUUUCACUGAUGCACAUACUUAGCAUUAAUCCUUAUAUUGGAAAUGUAUAUUGAUCAACUUCCAGAAUAAUUCAUUUAUGAGAUUUUAGAAUGUAAAACUACUGAAUCAUGUUAUCAACUAUAUAUUCAAAAAUUAGCCUUCUUUAAUAUAUUGGUUUCUUUUUUGUUUUAUCAAUAGAAUACUAUUUAUGAAUUUGUUUUUAAUUACUUUAUUUGUUAAUUUUUGUUGAGUUUUGUUUUUGUUGGAAAUUGAUUUUUAAGUUAGCUAUGCUCAAGUUGCUUUCAAGUUUUUUUUUUGUUCACUGACUUAUUGAUGUACCGUAACAACUUAUAAAGCACGGGUGGUUUGGUGCAUGUGAAGUGGAGAAUUACAUGGAUGUAUAACGCAUAUCAGUAUUAUAUAGUCAUUGUAGAAAAUAGGAAUAUUUUAUUUUUCACAUUAUGCUGUUUUCAUCAUUUUUUCCCCCUCUCUUUUCUGAAAAGUGUGAAAAUCUAUUGUGCAUUGAACACUAUAAUAUUAACACAUUUGCAACAAUAAAUGUUUCAUUGCUGAG